AUGUCUCGGUGCGAAGGAAUUGAUUUCAUUCACGACGAGGAUGUGGUAUGGCAGUACUGUCCAACACUUGCUCCGGCAAUUGUCUUUGCAGUUCUCUUCUCCCUUACCACGGGAGCACACAUUAUACAAGCCUUUGUGUUCAGGAAGCCGUUCUCAUGGGUGCUCCUUGUUGGCGCUGUAUGGGAAGCCAUUGCCUAUGCUCUACGCGCAGCUGGUACAACAGACCUAUAUCAAAAGGGGUUCGGUGUACCCCAUCACGUCCUCGUCGCCCUUGCUCCGCUGUGGAUAAACGCAUAUGUCUACAUGGUUCUCGGGCGGAUGGUGCACUUUUUUCUCCCUGAUAAGAGAUGCUUUGGUAUCUCGGCCAGGAAAUUAACGGUCAUUUUCGUUUGUUUGGAUGUCCUCGCCUUCCUCACGCAGGGCGGCUCAACUAGUCUUUUGAAUUCUGAUACUCCAAAUACUGUGAGGAUUGGAAUUAAUGUUUAUAUGGGAGGCAUUGGCCUCCAGGAACUAUUCGUCCUGAUAUUCUUUGGCCUUGCGGUUCGAUUUCAGUACAAGAUGACCAAGGUCGAACAUGCAGAGGGUGCUGGUCGUCCAUGGAGGCCCCUUUUGUACACUGUCUAUGCGUCACUUGUUAUGAUCACCGUCAGAAUCAUCUAUCGAUUGGUUGAGUACUCAGGAGGCCUUUAUUCUGCCCUUGCUAGGAACGAAGCAGUCUUUUACGCCCUCGAUGCAACGCCCAUGUUCAUAGCCUUGUUUGCGCUAAACAUUUUCCAUCCCGGUAGAUUCCUCGUCGGACCUGGAAGUGAGUUUGACAAGAAGCCGAAGAAGGAUAAGAAGCGCAGGAACAAGAACAAGUCGAGGAGUGGCAAGUGGAUACUGGACGACGAUGGUCAGGGGAACUUCGAGGAGUUGACUCUGGAUGAACGGGAACGAGGACGGGAGCGGGUAUGA